AUGUCUGGAAUAUCAUUGGCUAGAUUGACUGAGGAGAGAAAGCAAUGGCGAAAGGAUCACCCAUUCGGCUUCUUUGCUAGACCACAGAACAACAAAGACGGAUCGACUAACUUGUUUGUUUGGGAUUGUGGCAUACCAGGUAUUACUGGUACAUUGUGGGAGGGCGGUACGUACCCAUUGACAAUGGAGUUCUCUGAGGAGUACCCUUCAAAGCCACCAAAGUGUAGAUUCCCAAAGGACUUCUUCCAUCCCAAUGUAUAUCCCUCUGGCACCGUAUGUCUGAGUAUAGUUAACGAUGAUGGUGAUUGGAAGCCCUCAAUCUCUGUCAAGCAGAUCCUAUUGGGUAUUCAAGAUCUUCUCAAUGCACCAAACCCAAAGAGUCCAGCACAACAACUACCAAUUACACUGUUUGUCAACAAUAUCGAGGAAUACAAAAGAAAGGUAAAGGAACAGGUCAAGCUUUAUCCUCCUCCCGUAUAA